UUACGUCAUAUAUCGAUGUUCUGCGUCCAGAUACAGGCGUGUUUUUGAGCGCUCGGGGAUUAUUUCUCCUGCACAGCUGCGGAGGGUGACCGCGCAGGGAGGGGUUGUGAGGUGUUCAAGAUGGCGGCGCCCUGUGGAGUGCAGUUGCUCUAACAGUGGUGCCUGGAGACUGUAUCGACGGGCGGCCCUGGGACCCCUCCAGGCUGGACAGGAUACGGGACGCUGUGAGAGUGACGUCUGAAAGUCCUUCCCCUCUCCCUUGACUGUUUCAGAAAGCCCGCCUCCGAACCCUCCAUACCAUCAUGUCCAGGGAACAGCUCAGCGUAGGGGACCUACUUCCACUGCUGGAGACCUCUGACCUCCGCCAGCUGGAUGAGAUCAAAGGCCUUAUCAAUGAACACCUCAGCACAGAUCGAGGGUCCGUGCUGCUGAACGGCUUGGUGGAUUAUUUCCUGGAGACCAACUCCGCCCAGGCAGUGCACAUCCUGUCCUCAGUGAGGGAGCCACACGAUAAGCACCUUUUUGAUAAAAUGAAUGAAUGCAUGGCUAAAGCCCCCUGUCGCCUGCCCACUCUCACUCUACUGGGGCACGUUAUUCGUAAGCAGCCGUCUUGGAUCCACAAGAUCGCUCGCUAUCCGCUGCUGCUAUCUCUCCUCAAAUGCCUAAAGACAGACACAGAUGUUGUGGUUCUAAUAACUGGAGUCCUGGUGCUCAUCACACUAUUACCCAUGAUUCCUCAAGCUGGCAAGCACCAUCUCUAUGAGUUUUUUGAUAUCUUUGGUCGUCUGGCUUCCUGGAACCUGAGAAACCCAGGACACAUACCGGAGGUUUAUCUCAUCCACCUGCACGCAAGCGUCUACUCGCUCUUCCACCGGCUUUAUGGGAUGUACCCCUGCAAUUUUGUGUCUUACCUGCGCUCCCAUUACAGCAUGAAGGAAAACAUGGACACUUUUGAGGAGGUGGUCAAGCCCAUGCUUGAACAUGUCAGAAUACAUCCCGAGUUAGUGACCGGAACCAAGGACCAUGAACUAGACCCCAGCCGAUGGAAGAGAUUUGAGAUCCACGAUAUUGUUAUAGAGUGUGCCAAAGUCUCUCUGGACCCGAAGGAGGCGUCCUGCGAAGAGGGCUACGCCAGCAUGCCUGAGCAUUUUUGUGCUCAUCUACAACAACGUCCGGCUGAUUGCACUGCCAGCCCUUACGGUGACUUCCACAGUAGCUAUGGAAGUUCUUCCUCAGCUCAUUACUCCACUCCUCGUCAGCCUGUCGUCCCUCCCUUGGCCCUGUCCUCUUUCUCAGGGACUCAGCCCCCCUAUCGCAGCCCCACUGGAACCCGUCGGCAGAACUCCAGCUGUGAAUUUAAUGCCACAUUUGGUGUUAAGGAUUCCCUCUGGAGCCCCUCCUCCCAGUGUGGAAUGGCCACACCCCCUUCCUCCCGUGGGAUGUCACCGAACCCAGAACUGUCCCAGAGUGCCUCUCACCUAUCAAGCCGCCUCUACAGCACACCUGCAGGUGGCAAAGCCACCCCGUCCUCCAGCACCCCUGCGGCCGCCUCACCUCCUCCCAGCCUCUCCGAUGAGUUUCCCCCUGUGUCUCUGCCACGCAGUACCGCCAGCCCACCAUGCAAGGACGGUAGACCUUUCGACCACACCAAACCCGUCUUGGUCAGACAGGAACCAGUCAGAGAGCUUGAGAAAAUUGGACCUGAAACGAUUAGAGAUGGCAGAGGUGAGAACAUGCCAAUGACCCUGACCGAGCUUUCCAUGUACAUGAAGGAGCAAGAACAAAUGAAGAUCGAGAAAGAACGGGAGGAUGCUGCCAUCACAGAGGAGCUUCUGAAGUUAACCGAGGAGAAGCGAGAUUUAGCUGGUCUUCGUGGCUUUGACUCUCCAUUCUUCAGCACCACGGAGACCCUGACCGGCACGCAAGAGAAACCCCUGCCCUCUUCUAUCCUGUGCGGCUCAAUUAGAGACCCACACAACGCCAUCUCCACACCCGACAAGGCUGAGAUCACACCCGGGGACAGAGGCAGAGUGAGCAGAGGCCCGUCCCAGGAGCAUCCCUGGUCUUUCCAGCCAGUGUUCAUGCCCAUCGAGCACCCAGCGCACAGCCAACUCCAUCGGAGCCCUUCUGCACUGGAGGACGAGGCCCUGAAAUACGGCCUGUGUUCCCCUAGCCCGUGCAAACCGCCAACCCUGCCGUACGAGGCUCUGUUUGAAAUGGCCCUGCCUCGGGCGGCCUCUCUCUUUGUGGGGAGGAAGACCUCGGAGAUUGUGCAGCGAGUAUCCUUGGAGAGGUUCCAGAGCAAGCAAGGGGAGGAGGAGGGUGUGGAGGGGGUUGUGUCUGCCUCCCCUCUGGAGGUGCUGGAUCGCCUCGUGCAGCAGGGCAGUGACUCCCAUGACAAAGUGCUAAAGAGAUUGCCCCUGCCAAGCAAGUCAGCUGACUGGACACACUUUGGAGGUUCUGCUCCUCUGGACGAGCUGCAGACACUGCGCAGUCAGCUACUGCUACUCCACAACCAGCUCCUGUACGAGCGCUACAAGAGAGAGCAGCAUGCUGUACGUAAUCGACGUCUGCUUCGGCGCAUCAUCAAUGCUACCGCGCUCGAGGAGCAGAACAACGCCAUGAAGGACCAGCUGAACCUGCAGAAUGUGGACAUCAUGUCUCUGAGAGAGAGUCUGCAGGUGGAGCAGCAGAGAUACAGGCAGCUCUGGGACGACCGAGAGACUGUAGUUACACGCCUGCACAGCCAGAUACGCCAACUACAGCAGGCUAGGGAUGACUACUACACCAAAAACCAAGAGUUACAGAGUAAGGUACAAGAGUGCCAGAAGAGAAUAGGUGAGAUGGAGGCGGAGCUUCAGAAGGCGAAUAACAAGGUUUGCCACACAGGACACCUGCUGAACCAGCUCACUGCCAAGUUGUCGUCGAGUGAAAGUAUUCAACAGCAGUUGAGUUUUCUGAAUAAGCAGUUGUUGCUGUUGGGAGAAGCUCAUAAACUGUGUGUUCAGGAGCUGCAUCAGGCCGGACCGGAUACUAGCAAGGAGGUGCAGAUGCUGCAGAUGUCCUGGGGGAAGGAGACAGAACGUCUUAAGCAGAAUCUGUUACUUCAGAGUCAAAAACUGGAUGCUGCUCAGCAGAGAGUGGCGGAGCUGGAGACUCAACUCUCGAAGAAGGAGCACCUGAUCGCAGAGCAAAAGAAAUUUCUUGAAGAUGUCAAGACUCAAGCCAAAGGGGAACUGCAGGCCUCUGAGAGCAGAUAUCAGGCACAGAGGCGGGUAACUCUGGCUCUGCAGACUGAGCUUUUGCAGCUCUACAGCAGGCUGGAAACGGAAGACUCCUCUGCCACUGCUUUAGCCUUACCGGCAGAGGGCGCCACUGAGCCCCGGAGUUCCACUGAGCCCAGUGUCAUAGUGGUGGACGGCGCUGUAAAAACAGCCACCAAAGAGGACAGCAAGUCACCUCAGUCUCCCCGUGGCAAUGGCAGCACUUUAUCGCCAAGACAGCCCAAGGCCAGCCCUUCCCCGGCCAACUCUGUAAACGGCAAUCGAGACACUCCCCCACCUGUCCUAGUGGAACCGCCCCCUCACCGUCCUCAUUCCCCGCUGGGACCCCCAGGACCCCUGGUCGCUUCUGACACCCCAAUCACCGUAGGCUCCUACCCCAGUGCCAAGAGCUUCCUGGGUAUGAGGGCAAGAGAGCUGUUCCGCAACAAAAGCGAGAGCCAGUGUGACGAUGAAGAAACACCACCUCCGCGUCUCACUGGUCUAUCGCAAGGCCUGAAGACUGAGCUCUGCGUUGAGCCGACAACGAAGAGUACGCCCAUCUCCACUGCUGCGCAGAGCUUCACGCUCAUCGCAUCUGCUAAAGAAACCCAACCUGAUGCUCAGAGAGCUAAAAACCGAGACACGUACGGCUCAAGAUGCCCAGAGAGGCCCAGGCAGCAACCGUUAAGGAUCAUGGACUACAACGCAAGUCAUCAGGAGCACAGCUAAAGUUAUGGAAAAAUGGUGCAAGAGAGGGAGGUAGAGAUGUGCGAAUUUAGAUUAUUACAGCGUAAGUCAAGACUCUUUCAAUUUUCAGUGUUACAUUUCCACAAGCCGACAACAGGAUUUGGAGCCAAAAAAUUAGUAAAACCCUCACCAAGAUCAGACAAUUGCAAAGCAUGGACUAAAAUGACGUGUAUAGAGGUGGUCACACAAUGUCGUUGUUUACCAGAAAUGUUACCGCUGCAUCUUUUCUUUUUAAUCUUUGCUUAUUUUUCCGGUCUCUUUAACCAAGUAACUGUCGCAGCAUGUGGAAGCUUUCCAUUUAGCCUGUUAGAAGCAAUAUAAGUUGAUACAUUUGUAGUAAAGGUACAAUGCUUACACCCUCACAGCUCACCCGCACAGAGCUGAAGUGUGUGUGUUUGGAUGCCGGGAGGCGGGGCGGUCGGUCGGUCAGUCGGUUGGACGGUCGUCUUGUGCCAAGCAGGAGUCAGUGUUUCUUUAAAACCAUUACCUUUUAGACAUGUCAGGUGCAUUUUUAUGUGCUCCAGUCAUGUUUAUCUUUAAUAUGUUUCCAUGUAUGUGCGAUGUCUGUGUGUGUGUGUGUAUGUGGAAAACGAUGGCCUGUAUCCCAGACUUGAUUCUGGGUUAAAUUGCACUGUCAGAUGUUACUCAUUACAGAAAAAAAAAUCUGUUAUAGUCUCGGACUAGACUAAAUCUGGGUUCAAGAAAUGAUACAGCCAAAUUAGAGGAAGGUUUGACAUGUUUUUAUAUUUUUUAAAUUAUUUAUUAUUUGUCCUAUCCUCCUUUUUAGCUUUUCAAGUAUUACCAGUCACGCACCAGUGCUUUUAAAAGUUAUAAUGCGUCGAAAUCGAACAACGGCCAUAGAAUACUAUUCCUAUCCUUCUUUAAUCUCUAUAAAACAUUGCAAUUAAAAUCUAGAAGCCUUAUUCUACCAUGAAAUAAAAGUCGGACGUCAGUCAAGUAAUUCGCUUUGACGAUAAUAACCUUCAGUCUCAAGCUCAGUCAUCAUAUUCUCUCAGAACUCAGUUAGGUAACUUAUAAUAUUAUGGAUGAUCUGUCUUUUACCCUCUCACUUCUGCGCACUGCAGUUGAUCAAGUAUAUUAUUACUAAGCUUGCUUCCUGAGUGCCAAAUACUCAAUAAGACAAUGACAGUAUUUUGUAGAGCUUAAAUGUACUGGUUUUUGUUGUAUUAUUCGAGCACAUCUAUUCUUAUACUACCACAUAUCAGUUUGAGGGGGUAGAUACAAGAUUUUGUCGAGCUGGAAGUAUAUGGACUGUAGCGAUGAGAGCUUUACGAUGCCAAGUAGACGGUGUAAAAUAUCUCCGAAUUUCCACAAAAUGGCUACGUUGAUAGUCAAGUGUCAUUUACGAAUUGCAGAUGUGAUAGUCAUACUCAGAUUGUUCCCAAAUCCUGUUGUCCCUUGAAGUCUCUGCUGUUCCUUCUGCCUUGCUAUCUAGAGCAUGUACAACAAUCCUCUUUUAAUGCCAACAACAGGAACUAUGACUUAAGAUACAAGGUACAAUCAGCGUGAAAUGAAAGGAACGGUUGAAUAUUAGAAGGUUCUGGGGUUUGUUUUGGGAGAGAAGGCACGGUCGGUUGGAAAAGGUUCUUUAAGCAGUUGCUUGUGUUAACUGUGAAUGACAAAAAUAAAAUCAUCUUCAAUGUUUUGCACUACA